UAUCUCAAGCUACAGCCUUCAAAUUUGAAGCACAUGCAUAGUUCUGUCUACAAAUAUAAACUUUGACCUUGAAAUUGAUCUAGUGACCUACUUUCACAUUUCUCAAGCCACAGCUUUCAAAUUUGGACCACAUGCACAGUGUUUUGUACCGAUAUGAAUUUGACCUUGAGCUAGUCUUGAAAUUUGGAACAUUAAAAAAUGGCUCAGUGGUCGGUGCCAAGAUCACUCUGUGAUCUCUUGUUAGGUUAAUAGGUUUAAGGUCAAGGUCAGAUUGAACCAGAACGGUAGAACUUUUGUUUACAGUGAGCAUAUAAUUUCUGUUCCUUGUGCAAUUACUGAAUGCAUCAAGGGGGGCAUUUCGUGUUCGACGAGCUCUUGUUACGAUUAAUUGUGAAUUUAUGGUAAUUCAUUUAUUUACAGAUGGUAUGAACGUUUAGAUACGUCACUUCCCCAUGCGAAACGGGUAGAAAUAGCGAAACAGAACCUGACAACGUGGCUGGGUGCUAUGUUCCACUCCGCGAAUUUUGUGUACAGACGCCUAGAGGCCCAUGGUCUUUUUAUUUCUGUAAAACUUGUAGACGUAAAAAUCAUGACGACUGUUGCAGACUCACCUUGGACAGAAACAAUCAAGUUCAAGCUCAACUCAACUUACAAUGUAGACCCGUACGUUGUACAUGAUCUUUUCCAAGUGAAGUCCAUAGAGCUACAAAAAACUAUUCCACAUGACCACGCUAUGUUAUUUACAAGAUACACACUGAUUCCAAAUGGGCGUAAUGGAACGGCCACUUUUGCAGGCAAUGCAGUCCUUGGCGCAGAAUGCAAGACCACAAGUCUGUCUAUCGUAGAGGACAGCGAAUCUUUGUAUACAGCACACACCAUUGCCCAUGAGUUGGGUCACAGCCUAGGAUGUAUGCAUGAUGGUGUCAACAACACAUGUACAGUUGGUGCUGGUUACUGUAUGGAGGAGAAAUACGUCUUUAACAACAAGAACAAAUGGAUCUUCUCGUCGUGUUCGGUAGAUUAUAUACGGCACUUUGUGGAGGAAAGUAAUAGAAAUCACACUAACUGCUUGGCGAAGGUAAAUGACCACCACCGUAACCCGGAGAUUGCCUUGGCUUCGCAGCAGUGGGUUGGCCAACUUUAUGAUGUUGACGAACAAUGCGUCAUUGCAGAGGGACCCGGAUCAUAUCUGUGCAGGCAUUAUUACCGAGGUAAUUACAGCGAGUUCUGUUUACGAAUGUUUUGCUACAACCCUAAGCAUGGCUUUUGCUAUCAAGAAGAUGGCGGCGAUGGUACACCGUGUGCUAAUGGAUCUUGGUGUUUAUCAAAUAACUGUGUAAAGGACCAAAGGGCACCCUCUGUCAUUGACGACACAUGUCCAUUUGGUGAACAACAAGGUGUGGUACACAAACAGCUCACAUGUAAGCAGAUUGCAGCUCAACGUCCAAAUGACUGUCUGCGACCGGAAGUCAAGUACAGAUGUUGUAUAUCAUGUAAAACAGCACAGACAACUUCCGUUUCCGUUGACGAACAAUGCAAAGAAGCACUUGGCCCAGGAUCGUACAUGUGUAGAACUACACAAUCAUACACCUCUUCCUCGUAUUCACUACUUUGUUCAAACCUGUACUGCCUUAACACGUCUACAACCGAUUCCUGUUCAGCUAUCAUGGCAUACGACAAAACACCAUGUGGAAAUAAACAGUGGUGCAUAGAUGGACAAUGUGUCAGCGACCCCAAAGCUCCAGCAGUUUCCGACGACUGUCCAAUGGGUGAUCGAGAAAAUGAUCCGUCCGUAUCCUACAGAAACCUUACUUGUGCCGAAAUCAGACAGCACAAAAACAACGCAGAAUGCUACAAUUACUUUACUUCAAAAGCGUGUUGUAAAACAUGCUCCGACAUACGACGCACUAUUAAAGGUUGCGAAUUUGGUGAUCAUCACGAGAGUUGUUUUUCACUAAUUGCUUCACAAAAAGAUGGCUAUAAUUGUUACAAUCCAAAGAAUGCUGAGAUAUGCUGUGAAUCAUGCACAAAAUACAAAAAUCCUUCCAAUGUGGGAUGUGAAUAUGGAGAUAAGUACAGCGGCUGCUUGAAUCUGAUCCCUUCACGAUCUGAAAGCUACAACUGCUACGGCAGAAACGCCGACCUCUGUUGUGGUACAUGUCAGCAGUACUUCAACGCCUCAAAUACUGGAUGCGAGUACGGUGACAAAGCCAAUAAUUGCGGCACAUUGGUGGCUUCUAGGGCAGACACACCAAACUGUUACUAUGGUAACAAUGCUGAUCUUUGUUGUGCAUCGUGUGGCAAAUACCAUAAUCCUUCUAAUACAGAAUGUGAAUAUGGUGAUAAACUACGUGGGUGUUCAUCGGAUCGUUGCUCAACAUUGAAUGAGGAGUCCAGGAAAGGUUGUUGCUACAGCUGCAAGUCGUCUGUAAUUGUUGGAUAAUAGACCUAACAUAAAUAAAACAUUUAUAAUUUUUCCAUUUGUUUCUGCAAAUAUUUGGUCAACUUGCAUGUGUAUUUUUUAAAGCUUUAGCCCAGUUAAAGUAUUUUAUUAAAAAAUAGUAUGGUUUUAAGUGUUUCCUUGAUAUGUAACACUCUCAAUUGGCAAAUCGAAGCUAUUAUAUUUUUUUUAAGCAAAAUAUACUUCCUUUUUAAGACAUUCGUGUUUGAUGUAAUAUGUUGGCGAAUCAAAACUAACUUCAUAACAAUAUGAAUAAUGAUAGGUUACAACUAUAACUGUAAGCCAUUUAGUUUCACAUGUACAAUAAUUGUAUACAUUUAAGACAUUUUAGUAGUCGCUAGCCUACAGUAAGACUUUAGUGUUCUUCUAAAUAAAUGAUCCCCUAACAAAACAGAAUAGAAUAGAUUUCCCAAUAUUGAUAUCUCAUUCGGGCGCCUCCUCACACAUGCAAACAGUGUUCUUCCGAAAUUGGCACCAUUUCUUGUAUUUCUGGGCAUCCAAUAAAAAAAUCCUUACUAAUGGAGUGUGAGAGUGUGAUUUUGUAUCUUGGGCAUUUCAGAAAACCUUUAUGAAGGAUUUAUCCUCUGUGAUUGUGUAUAAUCAGAGUGUCGAUAUCGGAGUAGGGGCGAGAACAGUAAUAGU